AUGUCCAUUGCAUCUCUUCCCGUGGAAUUGAUCUCAAAGAUAUGUAACCAUCUAGAUCCCCAGCAAUGGGUCGCUCUGAGGUUAUCAUGCCGCGCAUUGUACGAGAACUCACUUGAGAAUUUCGCGGAAACCUAUUACAAAAACAUCCGUUUCAUUGUGACAAGUGAAAGUCUCCACGAAUUGGAAGAACUAUCCAAGUCAAAUGGUCUCCGCGAGCACGUCCAAGAGCUUUGGAUGAUACCAACUGUGUUCAGUGGCACUGAAAACCCCAUCGGCAUGGUAUCUAUAUCAUCAAAAAGCUGCCGACAAGUGAAAGGCGACGAGCUGAAUAUCCGACAUGCCGUUCACAAAGCGAUGAUCGCGGAUAAUUCCAACCUGCUGGAAUCAGAAACAUUCAGUGUUCGACUUCGGGAAUGCAUGGAUCGAUUUCAAAACCUCCAAACAAUAGGACUCGCACAUUACAGCACGGAAUUUUUGCUUGAUCCACGGCAGCAGACGGUUUCAUUCCUGGGAAGGCAACACAUAAUGAGCCAACUUGAUUUUCGAUUCGAUGUUUACAGCCUGCAAUCCUUAACCCACACCAAUAAAAACAGUCAGAUAAGGAAACUGAACUCUUUGGCAUUAUCGAAGCUUUUUCUUGCGUUAUGUGGCUCAAGCUGCAAACCCCGAAAGCUAUAUACCUGCGAUUCUAAUUUCUGUGGUGAUAUCGACCCCAAAAUUGUCCUCUCUGAAGAACAAUUUGACUCUCUACUGUCAGCUUUAAACAGCCUAGAGAAUCUUCAUUUAUGUAUUGAUCUCAAUGAGGCCGCCUGGCUGAAGCUUAUCACAAACCUUGCACCUCAGUUGGAAAGACUCACUUUGUCGCAAGAUCAUAUGCCUAGCUAUCUUUCACAAGAUGAGAUGCCUGCCUAUCCUGCAAAAAGCUACGUUGGGCACAUGUUCCAUGGAAUUAACUUCACUCGACUCCGGGAGCUUCAUAUUCAUGAGAUAGAUGUCUAUUUCAACACUUUAAAAUCACUAUUGCUUAGUGUAAAGAAAAACCUGGUCAUUCUUACACUUAAGCGAGUGACAUUACGCAGUGAGGAGUUGAGAGCUGCAGAUGAUUCUGCUUCGCAACACAGGGAAUCUCCCAAUCACCAAGAAAAUCAAAGCUCUACCCCGCUUCCAUCCAACAUCGCCAUCGUAUGGACCAACAUCGCCGUCGUUUGUACCAACACUGCCAUUAUUUUCACCAACGUCGCCAUCAUUUCAACCAACAUCGCCAUCGUACACACCAGCUCCGCCAGCAGCCGAACCGGAACUGCCAGAAAGCGCUCCCCCAUCCCCACAACAUUCCUCGAUUUCCGAAUCAUCUGA